AUGGAUGUCGUUAGUUCGGAAAAAGUCAAUGCAGAUGUUGAAUAUCGUCAUCGUAUUGAAUGUGAUCGAAUUCGUCAAGAUUUAACAGAUGAGUCACGUGAUAUUGAAAAUGAAUUAAAACAAGCACGUUUACAAAUUGAUUCUCUUAAAACUUUCAAAGUUCGAUUCGAUCAAACAGAAGAAAAAAAUCAACAAUUACAUAAUGAAAUAAAACGUUUAAAAGAUGAUAUAAAACGCUUACAAGAUGAAAUCGAACGUAAUGAAUCUGUUAUUCAACAUUAUAAAACUCAAAUUACCAUAUUAGAACGAAAGUCUCCUACUAAUGAUAAGGAUACAAGUGAAGUUUCAAUUCGAAGAAGUGAAUUAUCACAAUUAUUACAAGAAAUGCGUCUUCUUCGUCGAGAUCUUGAACGAAGUGUAGAAAAACAAAAAGAAUUACAAGCAAAACUAGACGAUAAUAUUCGUCAUUCACGAUCACCACGUUCAUUUACAUUUUCUGGUCGUGGAGUUUCAUAUCCUGAUCUUCGUAUACUUGAUUCAUCUGGUUUAGUUGGUGCUGAGAAUUUAUCAUCAGGAGCUAUGAUUGAUGAACAACGUUCAAGACCUAUAGGUUCAUCUACAAUUGAACUUGAAAAUAUUGAAUAUUCUCAACAACCUAAUGAAGAAACUGUGCCAAGAGUUUCUGUACGACCAUAUAUAGUUGGUGAAUUAAAAAUUCAUGAUGAUCUUCGUCGAUUAAUACAAGAUAUUAAAUUUGACUUAAAAGCAAUCGUACCUGAAUUAAAAGACCAACUUCGUUCAAAAACUAGUUCAUCAACAAGAUCAUUUGAAGAACGUUUAAAUCAACUUGAUGAACGUUUGACCCAUGCUCUUGAUUUAAUUGAAACAUAUUGGAAAGCUGAUUUACCAGAAAAAAAUCAAUAUAAUGAACAUAUAUUUAUUGAUGAUCGUCUCAUGGAAGAAAAUAAACGUCUUUUAUUUAAUCAAAGAAAAUAUAUUCAAGAUAUUCAAUUUUUAAAACAAAAAUAUCGAGAACAAUCAAAUUAUUUAGAACAACUACUCGCUCAAUUAACAGUAAUCAAGCCAACAUUAGAUGUUCUUCAAAAAGCUCGUUCAAAUAUCGAACAUCAUUUAAAAGACUCAAAUACGAAUAAUAUACCACCAGGUAGUGCUCAAACACAUCGUCGUCAUCGUUCUAAUCGUAAAGAUUAG